UUGAAAUGAUUCUCCAGCUGGUGCUUAUCGUGCAGUUCUCUCUGGGAUUUGGCCAGGAGAUCGGCUCCCUGCGAAUUAUGAAUGGCACUGCAGCGAAGGCGAGGCAGUUUCCCUACCAAGUUGGACUACUCGUCCACUUUGAAGGAUCAACGGAUGAGCCCAAUUUGUGCGGAGGCACCAUCCUCAGCAAUCGUUGGAUUGUAACCGCAGCCCAUUGUCUCCAGGAUCCCAAGUUGAAUCUCUCAAAAGUGCUGGUCCACGUUGGUAAUGUGACAUUCUUUGACGAUAAAGAAAUCGUGGUCAACCGAAGUCACACCAUUAUCCACAAGAAAUUCAACCGAAAGACCGUGCUGAACGAUAUAGCUCUGAUCAGAUUGCCCAAGAAACUUACUUUCAACAAGGAUAUCCAGCCCGCUAAGUUGCCCAGUGCUAGGAAGACAUAUACAGGUCGCAAAGUCAUCAUUUCGGGAUGGGGUCUUACCGCCACGGAACAGCCCAGCCAGGUGCUCCAGUACAUCCGGGCGCCCAUCAUCUCGAACAAGGAGUGCGAGAGGCAGUGGAACAAGCAGCUGAAAGGCAAAAUCAGGAAGGCCGUGUACAGCUCCUUCAUCUGCAUCGAUUCCAAGAAGGGUCUGCCAUGUCGCGGCGACUCCGGCGGUCCGAUGGUCCUGGACGAUGGCAGCAGAACACUGGUGGGCAUCGUAUCCCACGGAUUUGAUGGCGAGUGCAAGCUGAAGGUGCCCGACAUUUCCACGCGCGUUUCCUCCUUCCUCAAGUGGAUCAAAUACAACACUGGUGGACUGAAAUAGUCGAUGUGGAGUCGAAAGAAUUAAAAGUCGAAUCUCUUUUCAAA